AUGAAGUUCUCUAUCGCAGCCUUCGGCAUUGCCAUCUCUGUCCUCGCCUGUGGCGCUCAUGCUGCGGACACAAGCGCCAAUGAUCUCCUUUUGCUGGCCGUAGCAUCGACUAAUCAGACAAUGGGACCUUCAGCCUGGGAAUGGCCCAACCAAGAACCUGCCAAGGCAGAAAUUGCGAGCAACACGUCUGCGUCGACGAUUGAUAUCGCCACCGUCCAGUCAGAAGUCUCAAGCAGCAAGCGAUCUUCUAUUUCUCGACAGACGUACAACCUCGGAAACAUUGUGGCCAAGAGGACCGACUACACUGUCCUCACCGAUGGUUCUGACCCACUCUACAGCAAUGCCGCUCUCCAGGCCACUUCGUACCUUACCUACAAGGUCAUCAGCAACACUACCACCUACGCUGUUGCCAAGGCAGCUUGCCUGGCUUACUGUGACUCGGUUAAGAAGUGUGUGACUGCCAACAUGUACAACGAGAUUGGCAACCCUCUGCUGGACCAUGUAUUCUCCGAGAAGUCCAACCGAAAGUGCGCCUUGUACGGAGAUGUCCCAUCUCUGUCGCAGAUGACAAACAAGGGUGGUCAACAGCUCUACGGCAACAACAGUCCCGCCAACUACAUUGAGAACUCUGCCGUCUUCUUCACCUCUACCGUUUCCGGCCCUGCUACACCCGCUGGCUACUCUGCCACCUUCGGCCCCCUGACCACCGCCGUCAGCCUCGACGCCCCAGGCUACCUGAAGAAGACAUUCCUCACUCAGAACGACCCUGCGACCUGCGCCAGCCUUUGCACCAGCUAUACUUCUAACACCUGCGUCUUCUUCGACGUCUUUACCGCCAUGAUGGGCGACACCGUCGCUACGUACGUCUGCGUACUGUACUCCGCAAAGAAGACUGCUUCUGAUGCAACCAUGGCGAGCAUUAGCUCGAUGUCUGUCGCUGCUUCUCGCGGCUACACUCGAAACUAGCUGGGGGCAAUUCAAACCUGGCCCUCGAGCCGCAUUGUGCCAUUGUCAAGAUUGGAGGAGGACAUCUUGAAUAUUAGUAGCCAAAGUCCGUCAGCCGAAGUCUUGUCAGCUAUUCUUUAAUUGCAAUCGUCUUCUUCAUUCGCACUCGUUCUUCUAGUGUGACAGGGUCGCCGGAUCCG